CUCUACAGUCAUCAUCACGUGGAUUUUUAUCAGUUACAAUUUCACAACUGGGGAAGGGCUUGUGUUAAGAUAAAAAGGGGUAAUACGAGUUCCCGCUCACUUCUGAAUCGGUAUUGCUCACAGAAACAUGGAAUCUUUAAAGAUAUUACUUGUUUGUUUCUUCGUUGGUGUUUCGCACGGAUACCGACAUUUCCAAGACACAAUACCCAACGGGGACGCGGUACCACACCCAUGCAAGAUCAACUUCUUAUGGCGGGGGGUGGGGCACAAGAAUCCCCAGGGUGGGGGAGACAGGAAUCCAUUUGGUCUCGAUUUCCAGCAGGUGAAACAGUGGACUACGGAACUGUGCCAGAAGGAUUCUGAUGGGGACGGGAUGACCAAUGGUCAGGAGCUAGGAGAUCCAGACUGUGUGUGGCAUCCGGGCAGUUUCCCCUCCAGGACCAAGAACAUCACACAUCCAGGUAUCUGUGACCCCUGGGGAAGUCCUAAAUGCACGGCCAAGAACGACUGGGUGUCUUGUACAGCUGGCGAUUUUGUAUGCAACGCCACAAAAGCUCCUGAGGUGAAGAGCUUCACUCUGAGAUAUCCACCAACACGGGUGCCUCCGACUGAGACCAACUACUACUGCAUGCCCUUCGACGUCAGCAAGUACAUCGACAUGUCACAGGACUACCACCUGAUUGCAACUAAACCAGAAAUCAACAACACCAACGUCAUGCACCACAUCGUCCUCUUCGGAUGCGAUAAUGAUGCUGACAUAACAGACCAUGCCACGCCCUGUUACAUGUCCCAGAAGGGGUGCUCUCAAGUUCUUGGGCUCUGGACCCUGGGGCUGGAUGGAACAUGUGAAUAUGAAGAGGCAGGAUAUCGCAUAGGUCGCACUGGCCCAAAGAAAAUGGUUUUGCAGUUUCAUUGGACUAACCCUGAGUUGAGAAGUGACUACAUGGACAAUUCUGGUUUGACCUUAUAUUACACGCCUAAACUGAGAAAGUACGAUGCCGGAUUCUUAGCUACCGGCCAACAGUAUCUGGAGAUUCCACCAGGUGCUAAGCGGUCCACGUUUGAGUCAACAUGCACAGAAGAGUGCACCAACAAAAUAGUGAAGGGAAAUAUCUACAUAACAUCUGGUCUCAGCCAUAUGCAUUAUCUAGGAUUUGACGAGCAGGUUGAAUUGUUCCGCAAUGGUCAGAGGGUGGCCAAAAUUAUCGACGACCCCACUUACUCCUAUGACAACCCCCAGCUGAAAGUGUACUCAUCCCCGAUUGAGGUGAGACAGGGUGACAGUUUGAAGACGACGUGCGUCUACAGGUCUGUGUCCAAGACCCGUACAACCAUGUAUGGAGAAGGUUCAUAUGAUGAGAUGUGCUAUGGGCUUUUCUCCUACUUCCCAAAGGAAAACAUGACCGGAUCUUGCACGACGUGGAAGAACUUCGAUGACUGUAAGUUCGCCAACGAGGAUCAUAUAAUUGACGGAUGUGACAUCGCAAUGUUCGAAAACCUAACCAGUCCUGAAAUGCGUGCGAUCGUGAAUGAGGUGAUGGAUAGCUGCAACCACUAUGGAUCCUGCAGACCGGAAUGUCCAGCUGUUCUUGCCCGACUCAACAAACAUCCUUGUUUUCAAGGUGAAUUGGGGGAAUUGCUGCUUUUCAAUUUCGCUGACGGACACGAUCCACAGAGGAUUAAAUUUGCGCAUGCGCUGAAGUCAUGUGACAAGGCAGCUGACCCAGUUGAAACGAAGUAUCCGAUGUCGUCAGCUGCCCGUGCAGCAUCUUCCGUUGUCUCUGGCAUGGUUGUAGCAGCUGUACUUGCUUUAGGUCUGUAAGUCCGCCAUGGCGAAAUGAGUGGUAUCUGAUGAUGAUAUUCAAUAUAAAUUCUUUUGACAAUGUAUUCUAUAGUUAAUGCUACAUUUUACAGACAUAUAUCUGUUACAUGCUUCAGACACUUGUGAUAACUUGUUUACAAUGCACAUGAAAUAAAGGCUGAAUUUAU